AAAAUGACCGGUCGCGGCAAGGGAGGUAAAGGCUUGGGAAAAGGCGGAGCGAAGCGUCACAGGAAAGUACUUCGUGAUAACAUCCAGGGUAUUACGAAGCCCGCCAUCCGACGUCUCGCUCGAAGAGGCGGCGUGAAGCGUAUCUCCGGUCUGAUUUACGAGGAGACUCGCGGCGUGUUGAAGGUGUUCCUCGAGAACGUGAUCCGCGACGCCGUCACUUACACCGAGCACGCGAAAAGGAAGACCGUCACCGCUAUGGACGUCGUAUACGCCCUAAAACGUCAAGGACGUACCCUGUACGGUUUCGGCGGUUAAAGGCGAGCAGCAGCAAGCGAAAUCUUGCCGGCUCGCGGCUCUUAGUAGCCACGAGACGAGCGUUAUUAUAUUUCUGUCCAUUUAUAAUAUCAAUGGUCGGAUAAUAAUUAUUUCGGCACUGUCAAAAGGCCCUUUUCAGGGCCGCAUAUAUAUCUAUACACGUUUGAUAAAGUUUCUAUGGUGUAUGACAUGGACGUAUCGUCUUAAUUAAAACUCUUCAAUUUGUGAUUUUUUUUUCACACAGAAAUAUGUAUUAUUAUUCUGUUGUUGGUUGUUUGUACUGGUGUACACCACCAUGAUUGUAUAAAAUUGUUUCG